AUGUCACCUCCAAGCGCAAUCGAUGUUGACGUUCAGGCAGUUGACGACACCACUGCCAUCACCAUCCCUAACCCUCUCACACUCGAAGAUGUCUCCAAGAGACGCGAAGCUACUGGAAAAUUGAUCGCCGGAGUCGCCGCCGUAGCAAACGUCGAGCAAUUCAAAGGCGGGAAGCACCACCUCCACAAGCCCAAGGCUAGGAGAUGGGACCACUACCUGAACGUCGAAGCCUCAUCACGCAAAGGCAACUCCCUCAAAGCCGCUGCCAAAUACCUCAAGAAACCCGGCAUCAUCUCCCUAGGCGGCGGUCUGCCUUCGGCCGAAUACUUCCCCUUUGACGAACUAUCCAUCAAGGUGCCUCAAAUCGGGCAUUUCUCAGAAAAAGAGACGCGUGAAAACGGUGCUGUGCUGACAGCUGGAAAGUCUGAUUUGGCAGAUGACAAGAGUCUGUUCGAUAUCACUACUGCAUUCAACUAUGGCCAGGGCUCUGGGUCCGCGCAGUUGUUGCGUUAUCUCAUAGAGCAUACGGAGAUUGUGCACAAUCCUCCUUACCAAGAUUGGUACUGCAACAUGACGAUUGGGUCGACAUCUGCUCUGGAUGUCGCAUUGAGAAUGUUCGUGCAGCGUGGCGAUGUCGUCUUGACCGAGGACUACACCUUUGCAACUGCUGUUGAGACUGCAGCACCUAUGGGUGUACGCAUGGUUGGAGUCGGUCUGGACGACGAAGGUCUGCUCCCAGAAUCCCUCGAUGAUGUUCUAAGCAACUGGGACGAAGCGGCUCGCGGUGCCAGAAAGCCUUUCCUGCUCUACACCGUCCCCACAGGCCAGAACCCCACUGGAGCCACUCAGAGCGAGCAGAGACGCAGAGAGGUGUACAAGGUGGCUCAGAAGCACGAUGUCUACAUUCUAGAGGACGAGCCAUACUACUUCUUGCAGAUGCAGCCAUACACAGGUCCAGACUCGCCAGACGUGCCGCCGCCAAAGACUCAUGCCGAGUUCUUGAAGUCGCUGGUGCCUUCGUUCCUGUCCCUGGACACAGAUGGCCGUGUCAUGCGUAUGGAUUCAUUCUCAAAGGUUGUUGCUCCUGGAGCGCGUGUUGGGUGGAUCACAGCAUCGCAGCAGAUCGUCGACAGAUUCAUCAAGCACAUCGAUGUCAGCACACAAGCACCUAGCGGUAUCAGCCAGCUGGUCCUGUUCAAGUUGCUAGAUGAGCACUGGGGCCACGCAGGUUUCUUGGAUUGGCUCGUUCACAUCAGAAUGGAAUACACGCAGCGAAGAGACGUCAUGCUCGGAGCUUGUGAAAAGUACCUGCCCAAAGAGGUCAUGAGCUGGAAGCCGCCAAUGGCUGGCAUGUUCCACUGGCUUCAGAUCGAGUAUGAGAAGCACCCUGACCACAAGAACAUGUCGAUCGCAGAGCUCGAAGAGAAGAUCUUCCAGACAAUCGUCGACCACGGCGCAUUGGUCAUGAAGGGCUCGUGGUUCUAUGCAGACAGCCAGGCCAAGCACGACACCAUGUUCUUCAGAUCAACAUACGCAGCUGCGCCAUUCGAGAAGAUCGAGGAGGCCAUCAAGCGUCUCGGAGACGCAGUCAGAGAGGAGUUUGGGCUCAAGAGCCAGUAG